UACCCGGAUAUUGGUUCACUAGCCAGGUGCCGCCUAGAUCAUCGUUUUUCUCAAAGAAACGGACGUCUGAAAUGCCGUACCAACGCUUGAUAGAACAUCCCAGAGCUAUGCCAGAGAAUCCAGUGCCAAUGCAGGCGAACUGGCUGUAGGAGGGUUUGUCCGCCAUAUUUCGUGGGCGUCUUGGUAAUUUGGAACUUGUUUGACUUGAUGUCUCAGGUCUAUAGAACGAAGAAAUUAGGUGGAUUGAUGGGGGAAAUGUGGAAGGAACCGUAAACUUGUACUCCGUACAGCUGUCUGCAGGUGCUAGAUGUAUUCUCUUUCUUCAACAGAGGCUUGUCCCAGGCAUUCUCCAAAGAUUCACGCGAAGCAGAUGCUUAAAUAUCCAAAAAUUCAUCGAGCAUCACGCCGAUGAUGAAAUAGAGAGGCAAGUUUCCCGGUCUCUUGCUCAUACCAUGUACCAUGAAGAAGAAGCAAGGAAAUCCCCAUCACCAGUUCCUCAUUCGUCUCUACAUACCCUGUUCCCCCCAUCCAUGGCCCCUCGCCCAGCCUGCUCAGAAUUACCUCGGUAUAGAGUGAUGAUCUCGGCUGUAUACAAAGAACUGAUUCAAUCAGAUUCAACAGAAUCGCCAGGUGUGCUCCCCCUCCUCUGGGCAACAAUUGACGAUAAGGUGGUUGCUUGUAAUGGUUGUCUUAGCCUCCCUGGAUUCGUCCUGUGCAGUCCCCGCUCCGAGCGCAACGCACCGCUUCAGCAGUUAACGCCGGCAUCAACUUGCUGCUUCUGUCUUCUCCCUGCAGCUGGAAAACAGGGCAAAGGCAAAAGAGAAAGAAAAGUCUCUGGUCCUUAUCAUUUCGUGAACCGAUUUUCGCUGUUCCUAGCUCCAGGGCUAAAGGCAGCUUCCAAGACAGGAAGAAGCCGCAUCGGCGGAUCUUACGCCGUCGGAGUUGCGCCGAAAUUCCCAAGAGCCUCCAUAUCCAGUAUAGAGGAAUAUACGAUCCAUUGCAAUGCUGCUACGACGGAUGCAUUCGUUUCCUACCCCCCUACUGUGUGUAUACAGCAAGAUUCUUUGCUGACAUUUCCUACUUUGUACUCGUACAUGCAGGCAGAGAUACGGGGAGCGUACUGCUGGUACGAGCAUGACCAACUCUCAAUACAGUUGACAUCAAAUGGUAUAGCAGGGUAGGCAUUUAUUAAGAGACGCGAUCAGCUACUUUCCUAUUGUGACCGCCGCAAUCUCCGACACAGUAAUGUGCAAUGAGAGGAACAC